AUGGUUCUUAUUCUCUGGGUUUCUACUCUGUUUGAAAAUAAAUCUAAUAAGCAAAAUGUACAUUUAUCAACUCUUGACAGAAGAGUACCAGAAAUAAAUCAAAAACUUAUUUUCAAUUCAAAAAUUGAUCAGUACAAUAAUAAUAAUAAUUAUAUUUCUCAAAUCUUAAACGAAUGUUUUUUUACAAAUGAUAACGAGAAAUUUGACUGUCAUCCUGAACCGGAUGCUAAUGAAAAGGAAUGUUUUAAAAGAGGCUGCUGUUGGAAUACUAAUGCAAAGCCUCCAAUACCUAGUUGUUAUUAUCCCAAAUCGUACAGCGGUUAUGGAAUUAUAAACAUUACUCAAUCCAAAAUAGGAUUGACUGCUUUUUAUUCGAGAAAAUUUCCAUCACCUUAUUCUGAUGAUAUUAAAUUGUUGAGAUUAGAUGUUGUUUACUUAAAUAAUAAUAUUGUACAUAUUAAGAUAACUGAUGCAAAUUCAAAUCGUUAUGAGCCUCCCUAUCCAGAAAUACCGAUAGUUUUUAAAAACAAUGUUAAAAAAUAUUCAGUAAAUGUUGUGCCUCUUGUUAAUGGUUUCAAAGUUGUCAGAAACAAUAAUGAUGUUUUAUUCGAUAGUGAAAAUUCUGGAAGUUUUAUUUUUUCCGAUCAAUUUUUACAAAUAAGUGGAAAAAUAAAUGGUAAAAUUUAUGGUCUUGGAGAACAUCAAACUUCAUUUCAAUUAAAUACUAAUUGGACAAAAUAUACAAUGUUUAAUCAUGAUGGAAUUCCAGUAUCAAAUACUAAUUUAUAUGGAACUCAUCCAUUUUAUUUGGUGCUUGAAAAAAGUGGAAAAAGUCAUGGAGUUUUUUUCCACAAUAAAGUAAUACUACAGCCACUUCCAGCAGUAACAUUUAGAUCUAUUGGUGGUAUUUUUGAUUUUUAUUUUUUUCUGGGACCAACCCCUAGUGAUGUUAUUAAACAAUAUACGGAUAUAAUUGGACGUCCUUUUUUUCCUCCAUAUUGGUCACUGGGAUUUCAUUUGUCUCGGUUGGGCUACAAAAAUACAGAAGAAAUUCGUUCUGUUUGGAACAGAACAAAAUUAGCCGAUAUACCAUUUGAUGUUCAGUGGCACGAUAUUGAUUACAUGGAUAAAAGAAAUGAUUUUACCUACGAUAAAAAAAAUUAUUUUAAUUUGCCUGAUUUCGUACAAGAGGUGCAUCAGAAUGGAAUGCGUUACAUCCCAAUUUUAGAUCCUGGGAUUAGUGGAUGCGAACCAAAUGGCACAUACCCUCCAUACAAUAACGGGUUACUGUAUGACGCUUUUGUUAAAAACUACGACGGAAGCAUAUUUAUCGGAAAAGUUUGGAAUUCCAAAUGCACAGUUUUUCCAGACUUUACCUCUUUUAAAACGACCGUAUACUGGUCUGAUGAAAUAAAAAAACUUCAUGACAAAAUUCCCUUUGAUGGACUUUGGAUUGUUAAUGGUAGUUUUAAUGGUUGUCCAAAUAAUAAAUGGGAACAUCCGGUUUACGUUCCCAGCGUAAGCGGUGGUAAAUUAUACGACAAAACUAUUUGUAUGUCUGCCAGACAUUAUGCCGGAUUACAUUACAAUCUUCAUAAUUUAUACGGAUUGACGGAAACUAUAGCUACAAACAGAGGUCUUAAACAAUUAGGAAAACGUCCAUUUAUUAUUUCUCGUUCAACAUAUCCAGGAAGUGGACAGUUUGGGGGUCACUGGAGUGGUGAUGUCGUGUCCGAUUGGCAAUCAAUGAAGGAAACCAUUCCUAAAUUACUAUCUUUCAGCUUAUUCGGUAUACCGAUGAUGGGAGCCGAUAUAUGUGGAUUCAAUGGAAACACGACGGCAGCACUUUGUCAACGUUGGAGUCAGUUGGGUGCUUUUUAUCCAUUUUCAAGAAAUCAUAAUACGGAUGAUGCCAUCGAUCAGGAUCCCGUUGCUUUGGGAGAAGAAAAUGUCAAAUCGACGAGAAAAGCUUUAAUGAUUCGUUAUUCACUUUUGCCUUAUCUUUACACAUUAUUUUUUAAAGCUCACACUCGAGGAGAAACCGUGGCGAGACCUUUACUUUUCGAGUUUACAAACGAUCCACGCACUCACGAUUUGAAUGAAUCAUUUUUAUGGGGAUGUUGUUUACUCGUAGUUCCCGUUUUACGAGAAUAUGCCACGACAGUUACAACUUACCUACCACGUGCGAGAUGGUAUAAUUGGUAUACCGAAUUCGGUAUCGAAUCUAACGGAACAGAAACUGUGAUAUUUGCUCCUACGGACACCAUACCUCUAUUUAUACGAGGGGGUUCCAUUUUACCCACUCAAAAACCGGAAGUCACGACUUCGCUCAGUCGUUUGAACGAUAUCGAAUUAAUAGUUGCGUCUAAUACUUCUUUACACGCUUACGGGACUCUAUUUUGGGACGAUGGAGAGAGUUUAGAUACAAUCAAAAAAUUUGAAUAUGGAUUAGUAGAUUUUAUUUUAACUCCUCACAAUUUGACGAGUAACAUCAUACAUUGGGGUUACCGUUUAAUUCCUCAGUUAGGAUCCAUAAAAAUUCUUGGCUUUGUAAAACCGAUAAAAAGUUUAUUUUUUAAUAAGGAAGAAGUUUCUUUCAAAUGGAAUAAAACGAGUUUGGUAAGAAAAAAACAAAAUAUUUUAAAUUAA